UCACCUCACUCGACCUCAAUCAUACCCAAAGGAAACACCACGACCGCAGCACAAAGGUGCGACUGACCAUCGCUGCUUACAGCGUUAUUUAUUUUACAGGUGAUGUCCUUCAAGGCUGUUUUAAAUGUAAGCCACAUGUUAAAUAAACAGUAUGUGGACAUAACGAGUGUUUACGACCAUAAAACGUGUUCAGGUGCAGACAGGGAGCGAUUGUGGAUUCUAACUCAUGGAAAAUAUAUUUUUUCAUCUUCACUUUCUAUUAAACAAACAAUGUAGAUAAAUACAACAGCUCCACACUCCGAACACGUACAGAAAAUAAAGAUUGAAACAAACGAUUUCCACUCGUUUCCCAUUAAUGACAUUCAGCGUCUUUGAUUAACAAAAGCAACUCAGGAUUAAAGUUUUUAACGAGCAAACGUCAUCCAUCCACAUCCUGCGCUGAAAUCCCAGCUGACAACACGUUGACAUAAUCCACGCGCACACACACACUCCCCAGUGAAGUGAGUGAUAUAAAUAAAUAAGCGAUCCAUUGAGCUAAGACGAGCCGGGCUCCCAGAAGCCCUCAGGAAACUCCCAGCGUUCCCUGUCAUACGUCAGCAGCACUUCCUGUUGCUUAGCACCUUCACACAUCACCUGCCUGCUGAACACCUUAAAAAAAAAAAAGACCUCAAAAAGUAUUUUCAAACACUUUGUACAGUCGGCAGAGAAAAAUCAAUCUACAGAAAAUGCUCUCAGCUGUUCUGUGUUAGCUUCAGCGUUCAUGUCAACUAUAAACUGCUUUAUAAACACCUGACGUGUGUGAUUCUGCAGAAAUGUCCAGUUUCUGCAGGAACGUCUGAUUCAGGCUGGAGGACUGAAAUAACCCGAGCAGGGCUGGCUGCACAACCAGACGACUAACGAAUGUGACCGUUACUGUCACAAUAAUCAGCUGUUUGCAUCGAUCUCAUCUCCUCUGCCCCCUCUUGAUAAUCAAUAUGUCCCAACCAAACUACCCAGUUGGCUCCGGGGAGAUGGGACAAAAUGAGAAACUGGUACACUGUGAUGGAAACUGUUGGGAAGGGAGGAGGGGGAGAAGAGCCUAUGAGAAUAGAGUGAGAGAAGAAAAGAGGCUGAGACUAAAAACUCCAUCAGAGCUUCAUCUCUCACAGCAUCCAUCCACACAGGCAGGCAGGCUCUCUCCUUAUCCCAGGAAUAAAACCUCAGAGAUGGACGCUGAUGAGGCCAAAUCUCCCUCCAACACCAUUGUGCUGGAGUUCAAAGAAGACACCGCGCUGACAGAGAUGAUGCGCCUUCGCGUGUCCUCCCUGCAGCGGUCAGGGCAGAAGCGUCAGGACGGCGAGCGUCUGCUUCUGCCCUACGAGGCCGUGUAUCGGCUGGACUUCGCCAUCCAGGAGCUGAACUUCUCCCGCUGGUAUUUCUCCCUCUCCGGCUACGGCCGCGUCACCAUCACCGGUAUUUGCCAGCAUUGGACCCCCGACCUCACCAACCUGAUGACCCGGCAGCUGCUGGAGCCCAUUGGAACAUUUUGGCGUAAUGCCGGCGACCCCGAAGAUUCGCAGCUCAAGUGCCUGGAGGCGGACAUGCAGGAAUUCGGCGAAAGGAUUGCAGAGCUCGCCAAAGUCAGGAAGGUCAUGUACUUCCUGCUUGCUUUCAAGGAUGGGGCCGAGGCGGCGAAUCUCAACUGCUCGAUCGAGUUCACAACAGAGAAAUGACUUUUAUUUAGUGCCAGUAGAAUCCUGAUAGAGUCCAGAAGAAGCCUUUAAAAUUUCUAUUCUAUCAGCCAUUAUUUUACUGUUGAUUAGAAAAACCUGACAACUCCUUUUCAACCAAUCAGAGAUAGAUGAGCUUAAAUAUUCUCCCUCAAACUAGUUAAACAGUUACUCUCUUUCUAUCGUUGAGUGUAAGUAAAACGUCUGUUUGAUUUUUUUAACAGUAAAAGUUACAUAAACACCAAAACAGGUUUUACAGCAAGUAUUUCAACACAAAAGCAACAUUUUUUGUGAAAAUAAAACCUGAAAUGAACACAAUGACAAGAGAAAGAAAACAUAAUGCUUUGAAUUAACACUUAAUAUGCUUUUAUAUAUGUUGGUGCUAAUUAAAGGGACAGUUCACCCCAAUGGAUGCAGUCCGGUUUCUCUAUUUCACAGACAUAAGAUCCAUUUGUGAGUGUUUAAAAAAUGACUACAUUAGAAAAUUACAGAAGAUAUCCAAGCAAGAUGAUGAGCCUGGCAUCAAAUUAUAGGUACAAAGAAAACUUUUCAUAUGUUUUAACUGGUUUGAAGCCCACAUGGUGAUAUGAUCCUUGAAAGUGACUGAAAAUGGACUCUCCAAGCAUUCUCCAGUAAACAAUCAGGAACACUCAGUGUAUCAAUGCUGGUUUCUGUUACAAUGUAUCACAUCUGUGAAGUUUUGCUAUUGAAACUAUGCUAAAUACAAUGUUACUGAUGCUCGCAGGUGGUUAUCAAAUAUCUACUAGAUUAUUAAAUUAGGUUUCAUAUAAUAAAUAUUGACACUUUUUAGAACCUUUAAAGUUUUCUGAAAUUAUUUACCUUUGAAGAAAAACACCCAAAACAAACAAAAACAACAACUUGUGAUCAGCUGACUGUUUUAACAACAUGUCGAUUACUUUGUUUUGUGACUGUUGACUUGCUGCAGUUGUUGUUUGGUUGUUUCUUAUUUAUUUCAUUGUUUCUAGGAGUAUAGAUAACCAAAUAUUUCCACUGCAUGCCUGCUGAUAGAAACAGAGAUCAAUGGUGUGACGCAGAUUAAAUAACCACUGAAAGCCGUG